GUCGGGCUCGGGAGCGCGCGCAGCGGCGGCGGGGCUGCGUGCGAAAGCGCCUUUAGCGAAGCAAGAGCCGGAUCGAGGGGAGCCGCCGCCGCCGCCAACGCCGCCGCCGCCGCCUCGCCAACGCCGGCUUGCCGGGGAAGAAAGAGGCGAGACUCCGAAGUGCUGACGUUGGAUUUGGCCGGAGAAAGCAGCCCGGGAAGCCCAGGGGGGAAAAAAACGCCGGGAAGGAGGACCCCCCCCCCAGCCCGUGCCAAGAAUGAUGGUGCUGGAAGGAGGAGGGAGUUUGGCACUUGGGAAGUAAUACCGGAGGAGAAGAAGGGGGCGCAAAAAACCAAAGGGGGGGGGUCUGGCUAGGGCGGGGCCAGCGAGGCCCGGAAGCUUCUUGAUUGCUGGAGAUCGGUUGUCAGUCUGCUUGGAUUCCCCCCCUCCACCCCCCCAGCUCUCUUUCCAGGCCGGGAGCGGAGCGGCAGACGGGCUGGGUGGCUGGCUGUUGCGCGCCGCGCUCCCCCCGGCGGGCUGUGGGCAGGGGCGUCCGGGAAGCGAGCGAGCGAGCCGAGAGAGACUCCCCUUUUCCCGGACGGUGCAGCCAACCAAGGGAGGAUCCGGAGAGAGGGGGGCCCCAGAAGGAUCGGGGGUGGGGGGAGAGCCAGCCGCCGCCGCCGCCGCCAUCAUCCGGAGGCCCCGUGGCUUUUCAAUGGAGGAGCAGCCCGGCCACCAGCCAGCACAGCAGCAGCAGCAGCAGCAGGCGCCUCACCACCAGCACCACCAGCACCACCACCACCAUUACUACUACUACAACCACAACCACCACCAGCACCACCAGCAGCACCUGGCCGAGGGCAGCGCGCCCGCCAAGGCCCCGCCGAAGGCGCCUUUGCAAGCCCUCAAGCAUGAGCCCAAGCACGGCGCCGGAGGAGGAGGAGGAGGAGGAGGAGGAGCAGGCCAGCAGCCCGACGCGCCCAGGAAGAAAGCAGGCUACGGUGAGCUCAAUGGCAGCGUCGGAGAGCGGGAGUCUCCCCCCAAGAGUUUGAACGGGGGCGAUGCUGCAGCCAGCCCCAUUUCCCGGGUCCCCAACGGCAGCCAGACCCCCGGGGACCCCGCCCUGGCGCUCAAGCAGACUGUGAAGGGGAGCGGUGCCUUUGGGAAGCUGGGGCUCAAGCCCAAGGGCUUUGUCCCCAAAGGGGCCGCCGACAAGAAGCCGGAGAAAGGCUUUGAGGGCCGGUCCCCCGACAAGCCAGAGGCCCUCUGUAUCCCCAACGGCAUGGUCUCCACGGGGUACAUCGCCAACGGCUACGUCGCCAGGGGGGCCGACAACGACGGCAGCGGCUCAGAGAGCAGCUACACCACCCCCAAGAAGCGGAAGGGGCGCCGCAACAGCGCCAAGGGCUGCGAGGCGCUCAGCCUGGCGCAGGCCGCGCCGCACGAACCCUCGGCCAGCACGGUGGCCUCGAAGCAGGAGCCCGAGGGCGGAGAGGCGAAGGCGGGGGGCAGGGUGGACGCCCCCAAGCCGGCUUGGAAGUGCGAGGCCGGGGGCUUGGGGGCCGGGCGCGGGAAGCCAGGCGACGUGCCGCCGCGGAAGAACUCGGAUGGGAAGGCCGGUGCCGGGGCGGGCAAGAAGUUCGAGGAGCGGCCGAAGGGCAAGCACGUGCCGACGGCCUCCUCCAAGGAGGACUCCUGGACGCUCUUCAAGCCUCCCCCCGUCUUCCCGGUGGACAACAGCAGCGCCAAGAUCGUCCCCAAGAUCAGCUACGCGAGCAAAGUCAAGGAGAACCUCAACAAGGCCGCCGCGCACAGCGCCUCCUCCCCGACCCUCUCUUCGUCCUCGUCUUCGUCUUCGUCCUCCUCCCUGUGUUCGUCGUCCGCAGCCGAAACCCAGGCGCAGCCCCCCGGCCGCCUCUCGCAGGUCCCCAUGUCCGCCAUGAAAUCCGUCACCUCGGCCGGCUUCUCCAACGGGCCGGUGUUGGCGGGGGCCGACCGGGGACCCCAGCCCCUCCUUGUGCCCAGCGGGGUCCUCUCGGCCUCGGAGGCGGGGCCCCUGGACGUGGCGGGCCUGGGGGGCGCCCCAGCGGAGCCUCUGCCGCCCAAAUCCAGCCUGUUCAUCUACCCGUCGAAUAUGCAAGCCGCUCUCCUCAGCGCCGCCGCGCAGGCCGAGACGCCGCCGCCGCCUCAGGCCAGCCAGAAGAGCCUGGGCGACAUUUUCCAGAACCAGUGGGGGUUGUCGUUCAUCAACGAGCCCAGCGCCGGCCCGGAGGCGGGUGCCAGGAAGCCGGCAGGCCCCCAGGCUGCGGAGGUGACAUUUCAGGGGGAGGGCCCGGCCACCCUGGCACCCCCGGGGGCCGAGGCGGCUCCCUUGGGGCCCGAACCGCCCGCCUUCCCCAAGGCCUACGAGCUGGACAAGCGGACUAGCCUGCAGCUGCCUGGCAGGAUCCUGAAGCUGGCGGCCGCGGGCGAGGCAGCCGGCGGCUUCCUCUCGGAGCCCCUUCGGCCUGGCGGGCAGUGCCAGGCCGAAGCGGGCGGCACCUUUGUGUUCCUCUCCAAGGACUGCCACGUAGAGAGGCGCCUGGCCUCGCCCACGAACCAUUUGUUAGUUUCCGCCAAAGAACUGAGGUGCCAGAGUGGCCUAGGAAGGAAAGAGAGUUGGGGUGAUUUUGACCUGAGGGCGGCUGUUCUAUAUCACACUCAAGAAAUGGAAACAAUUUGUAAUUUGAAAAAGCAAGACCCCAAAAGGAUAAUCACUUACGACGAAGCCAUGGAUCACCCCGACCAAUGAUAGGAGCCGUGAAGGGCCGCUGACUCUCUCGCCGCCACCGCCGCCGCUGCUGUUGCCUCUCUGCCGCGAGCCUCGCAGCUCCCCACACAUCCAGGAGGGCGGGUGGCUGUGGCGGCAGUUCUGGCGUGGCGAAAAAGGAACUAGAAUCGCAGGAUAAUAUAUACAAAUCUAUAUAUAUAUAUAAAUCUAUAUAUAUAUAUAAAUAUAUAUAAAUCUAUAUAUAUUAGUUAUUUUAAAACAAAUUGAAAACGGGCCUGCGGGCACGGCGAGACUUUUCACGUGGAAUUGGCAGAGACUCGUGUUACGGGAUUAUUUAAAACUUCGGUUCUGAGUCCUCUCCACUGCCCUCUCCCCUUACAAAAAAAGACUCCUGCUUCUUUCUCCCGCCACCGCCCUGUGCGAAACCGGACAAGAAUUCUUAACGGGUAGAGACACUGCCCCCCCCCCGCAUGGUUCUGGACAUCUGCAGGAGAGAGGGGGGGCCUCCAGCCGUUUUUCCGCCGGGAGUCUGCAAUCGCCGACGACACACUAAGUCCCCGGGAAGACCCUCUGUUUUCCUCCCCUUGCGCCCCAGUGUUUCCCUCCGUUGCUUUUGGUUUUACUGGAAUCCGAAAACUGCAGGGUCACUGGGGGA